AUGAUUGCAAGAAAGGCCUUCCUGCACACUCUCGUCCAGCAGUGGCCAAAGACAACUUCAGCAAGCAACAAUGAAGAUUUUGGUUGUAAUUUAAUAUUACUUAUUGUUUUUCAGGUGUUUGCACUCCUAGUGGCUUUAGCUUGCGCUUCCGAGAUAGAGAAGCGAGAGGCGGAGCCAGGUUAUGGAGGAUAUGGCCACGUGAGCCACCAUCAUCGUCCUUCCUAUGGAUUUGGCUCUUCUAAUCACUAUCAUAAGCGAUCUGCUGAUCCUGAGCAUGAGGCUGACCCUUCCUAUGGCUAUGGCUUCUUCUUAUGGGUAUCGGCCAGACACUUAUGUCACCUAUGGGGCUAUUCUCACCGCUAUCACAAGAGGUCUGCUGAUCCUGAGCCAGAAGCUGAACCUUCCUAUGGCUAUGGCUCUUCUUAUGGGUAUCGCCCAGUCACCUAUGGCUAUUCUCACCGCUAUCACAAGAGGUCUGCUGAUCCUGAGCCAGAAGAAGAACCUUCCUAUGGCUAUGGCUCUUCUUAUGGGUAUCGCCCAGUCACCUAUGGCUAUUCUCACGCUAUCACAAGAGGUCUGCUGAUCCUGAGCCAGAAGCUGAACCUUCAUAUGGCUAUGGCUCUUCCUUUUGGAGAUCUGCUGAUCCUGAGCCAGAAGCUGAACCUUCCUAUGGCUAUGGCUCUUCCUAUGGGUUUCGCCCAGUCACCUAUGGCUAUUCUCACCGCUAUCACAAGAGGUCUGCUGAUCCUGAGCCAGAAGCUGAACCUUCCUAUGGCUAUGGCUCUUCUUAUGGGUAUCGCCCAGUCACCUAUGGCUAUUCUCACCGCUAUCACAAGAGGUCUGCUGAUCCUGAGCCAGAAGAAGAACCUUCCAUCCUAUGGCUAUGGCUCUUCUUAUGGGUAUCGCCCAGUCACCUAUGGCUAUUCUCACCGCUAUCACAAGAGGUCUGCUGAUCCUGAGCCAGAAGCUGAACCUUCAUAUGGCUAUGGCUCUUCCUUUGGGUAUCGCCCAGUCACCUAUGGCUACUCUCACCGCUAUCACAAGAGAUCUGCUGAUCCUGAGCCAGAAGCUGAACCUUCCUAUGGCUAUGGCUUUUCUUAUGGGUAUCGCCCAGUCACCUAUGGCUACUCUCACCACUAUCACAGACAAGCAACAAUGAAGUUUCUGGUGUUUGCACUCCUAGCGGCUUUAGCUUGCGCUUCCGAGAUAGAGAAGCGAGAGGCGGAGCCAGGUUAUGGAGGAUACGGCCACGUGAGCCACCAUCAUCGUCCUUCCUAUGGCUAUGGCUAUUCUAAUCACUAUCAUAAGCGAUCUGCUGAUCCUGAGCCUGAGGCUGAACCUACCUAUGGCUAUGGCUCCUUCCUCCCAGAAGCUGAACCUUCAUAUGGCUAUGGCUCUUCAUAUGGGUAUCGCCCAGUCACCUAUGGCUACUCUCACCGCUAUCACAAGAGGUCUGCUGAUCCUGAGCCAGAAGCUGAACCUUCAUAUGGCUAUGGCUCUUCCUAUGGGUAUCGCCCAGUCACCUAUGGCUACUCUCACCGCUAUCACAAAAGGUCUGCUGAUCCUGAGCCAAAAGCUGAAUCUUCAUAUGGCUCCUGGCUCUUCCUAUGGAUCUCGCCCCAGUCACCUAUGGCUACUCUCACCGCUAUCACAAGAGGUCUGCUGAUCCUGAGCCAGAAGCUGAACCUUCCUAUGGUUAUGGCUCUUCCUAUGGAUAUCGCCCAGUCACCUAUGGCUACUCUCGCCGCUAUCAUGGAUAAGAAAAUCGUCAGCGCAAAAGGUCUACUGACCAAGAGCCAACAGCAAGACCUCCCAGUUAUAGGUUCGGACAUACCUAUAAUUAUUCUCGUCUAG